CUAUAAUAGUAACUAUCAGCUUAUUCUUUGUGUCAAAAAAUUGGUGCGAUGGUGUAAUGGAUAUGAGGAAGAAUGAAAGGAAAGAUUAUUAUGAGAAAAAGCCUGUUAGACUUGAUGAAAAACGCGGAUCUUCAGAUCCAGUAAAAUGGAAUGCAGGAUUUAUUCCAAAAUUUGAGCAUGGUGUUAGAGCGACAGGUAAACUUUUGGAAUGGAACCAGUGGCAAUUUCCAUAUGUUUUUGUGUUCGAGAUGGACCUAAAACACCUUACGCUGGAUAGUGAAUAUACCGAUAGCGAAGAUGAUGGCACGGAUGCGCUUACUAACAAAGCUAAAGAAAUAUGUCGUGCUUAUGUUUAUUUUUUUCAACGAUUGGAUACUCCAACUAUAAAGGAUGAAGAAAUCGAAAAUUAUUGCGAGAAAUUUGAGGGUUACAUUACUGAAACUUUUGAAGGAGAAUGGAUCAUUCAACUUAGUUGUUUAAUUCCUAUACAAAUUGCGAUAGCAAGAAAUAAUUUAUUUCAACCUCUUAAGGAUGGAUUGUCUUCAAAUGAUAUGGAACAUGAUGAUGGUUCUGUAAAAGUUGUUUCUAGUAUGGGUGAACAAUCGUGCGGAAAAUCCUUCGAUGGCUCCGCAAUGCGUUGCGUUGAUGGAGUAUGGAUGUCAUUAGCAGAUACUGGUAUUCAAUUAUAUGAAGACAGCUCUUCUUUUGUCGAACUUUCUGAUGACUUAAGAGAAUAUAUCGUUGAGCGUCGCGUUGCACUCGUCACGGAUUGGUAUGGACAAAAUACUACAAAUUUUCCACAAGAUAACAGUGAUAUUGUUAACGGAAGGUUGGUGUCCGAUAUGUUUUCAACUGAAAUUAUCAAAUUUUAUGUUUCCAUGCAUCAAUUUAAGAGAACUUUAUUUAUCAUUGUUCAUCAUUAA